AUGAGUCGGUCAGGUCAGCCUCCAGAUCUCAAGAAGUACAUGGAUAAGAAGCUCCAAAUCAAGCUUAAUGCUAACCGAAUGGUUGUUGGUACUCUUCGCGGGUUUGACCAGUUCAUGAAUCUUGUUGUUGAUAACACUGUGGAGGUGAACGGUAACGAUAAAACAGACAUUGGAAUGGUGGUGAUUAGAGGAAACAGCAUUGUCACUGUUGAAGCUCUUGAACCAGUGGGAAGAUCUUCUUAG